ACUCGUAUAUAAACUUUGUUGUAUUCCAACACAUUUCUUACUCCACUUCUCUCAUCUCCUCUGUCACCGGGAUUUCAAUCUCCGACGCCUCCUAUAUUCUCUCUCUAAACCUAUACAUACACUUACGUCGACGUAUACACAUCCAUAUCUAAAACUAAUCCCUAACCGAUUUUCUACCUGUAUUCUCACCAAUUUAAUCAUCUCUCUCAUCUCUCUCCCUCUCUCUCUCUCUCUCACAUAAUGAAAUCUGAUCAUCGCCGACACGCAAUCCAAUGAUCACCGCCACGUCAUCUCCCGAUUAUGCAUAAUCCGUUCUGUUGUGGAUCGUCGUUUCGCAAUCAAAUAACUUUCGCGGCGAUUACAACCACGGCGGCGAUGCCGGCGUCGUCGAAUUCGGGUAGAUCCGACCCGAUCAGGAACUCGAGCAACCAAGUACACAGCCACAUCAACACCAAUUCGGAUUCGAAUAAUCAUAUAGAUGCGAAAAUCAAUGAUAUUUUCGUGGGGAACGGGAUAUGUGGAGUGCUGCACAAGUGGGUGAAUUAUGGCAAAGGAUGGAGGCCGAGAUGGUUUGUGCUGCAAGACGGUGUCGUUUCUUAUUAUAAGAUUCAUGGACCCGAUAAGAUUGUGAUUGAUUCUGAGAGUGUCAAGGGAUUUAAAAUUAUCGGAGAGGAUUCGCACAAGAGGAUUCCCAAAAGUAGAAGUGUUGUUAAUGCUGUUGGCAGUAGUAGGCAUACUAAUACUCCUGUUGGUGAAGUUCAUCUCAAGGUUUCUUCAAUUCGAGAAAGCAGGUCAGAUGAUAAAAGGUUUUCUAUUUUUACGGGAACGAAGAGGCUGCACAUGAGAGCAGAAACACAAGAGGAUCGCCAGCAAUGGCUUGAAGCAUUGCAUGCUGUGAAAGGCAUGUUCCCUCGAAUGUCCAAUGGCGACUUAAUGGCUCCCAUAGAUAAUAUUGCUGUUUCAACAGAGAAGUUACGGCAGCGUCUGUUGGAAGAGUGUGUAAGUGAGGCAGCUAUCCAGGAUAGUGAACAAAUAAUGAGGAAUGAGUUUGCAUCCCUGCAGAAUCAACUUAUUCUUGUGCGGCAGCAGCAUUGGCUAUUGAUCGACACACUGCGACAUUUAGAGACUGAGAAGGUUGAUCUGGAAAACACAGUAGUUGAUGAGAGUCAAAGGCAAUUGAAAGAGGUUGGGCAGUCCUCUAGAUCGACACUUGGGAAAUACAGUGAGGCAAGUGCAAGUGGAUCUGAAGAUGAUAAUGAAAGAGUAGACACUGUGGAGGAAGAGACAGAUGAGGAGGAUAAUGCCUUCUUCGACACUCGAGAUUUUCUAUCAUCAAAUUCAUUUAGAAGCAGUGGGUCGGAUUAUCGAACAUCAUCUUUUUCAUCAGAUGAAGAAAUUAGUUCAGAGUUGGGGGACGGAGUUGACCCUUCAAUUAGGUCUGUUGGUGCUACCUUUCCAAAAGUUAAACGUCGUAAGAAAUUGCCUGAUCCAGUUGAAAAAGAAAAGAGCGUAAGUCUGUGGUCGAUGAUUAAAGACAAUAUUGGAAAAGAUCUCACCAAAGUUUGUCUUCCAGUGUACUUUAACGAACCACUGUCUUCUCUGCAAAAGUGCUAUGAAGAUCUUGAGUAUUCAUAUCUUCUUGAUCGAGCGUAUGAAUGGGGCAAAAGGGGUAAUAGCCUUAUGAGGAUCUUGAAUGUAGCAGCAUUUGCAGUUUCUGGUUAUGCUUCUACCGAGGGAAGGAAUUGCAAACCAUUUAAUCCACUACUGGGGGAGACAUAUGAGGCUGACUUUCCUGAUAAAGGUUUACGUUUUUUCUCUGAGAAGGUUAGUCACCAUCCCAUGAUUGUAGCAUGUCACUGUGAGGGUACAGGCUGGAAAUUUUGGGGAGAUAGCAAUUUGAAAAGCAAAUUUUGGGGUCGCUCAAUUCAGCUCGAUCCUGUUGGCAUAUUGACACUGGAAUUUGAUGAUGGUGAAGUUCUUCAGUGGAGUAAGGUCACAACAUCUAUAUACAAUCUUAUAUUGGGGAAGCUGUAUGUUGAUCACUAUGGCACAAUGCGGAUACAGGGAAGUAGUAACUAUUCAUGCAAGCUUAAAUUUAAGGAACAGUCGAUUAUAGAACGGAAUCCUCAUCAGGUGCAAGGCAUUGUGCAAGAUAAGAAUGGAAAGACGGUUGCUACUUUGUUUGGGAAGUGGGAUGAGAGCAUGCAUUAUGUAGAUGGAGACUUCUCUGGUAAAGGAAAGGGAUUUGAUCAAUCAGAAGCUCAUCUGCUUUGGAAGCGGAGCAAACCUCCUAAGUUCCCUACUAGAUAUAACUUGUCACGCUUUGCUAUCACACUAAAUGAGAUCACCCCUGGAUUGAGGGCCCAGUUGCCACCAACAGAUUCAAGGCUAAGACCUGAUCAGAGAUGCUUGGAAAAUGGGGAAUUUGAAAUGGCAAAUUCUGAAAAGCUGAGACUGGAGCAGCGGCAACGGCAGGCACGUAAAAUGCAGGAGAGGGGUUGGAUGCCACAAUGGUUUGCCAAGGGUAAAGGAAGCGAUACUUACCAGUAUAUUGGUGGGUACUGGGAAGCUAGAAAGCAAGGCAACUGGGAAUCAUGUCCAGAUAUUUUUGGUCAAAUGUCUUCUGAUCAGAUGGUAGACUAAGUAUGCCAAAAUCACCGGAACAUAAUCCUUUUUGUACCUCCCGUAGAAGUACAGAUAUCCGACUGUCAAAUUUAAUGUGAGCCGUACCGAGUACAUAUUACGGCUGCUAAUUUUGACGUGAGACGUGGUCACAUUCCCCAUUACAUAUGGAAAUGAAGGUAUUAGCAGGUAUCAUAUGAAAAAAAUAAUUUUAUCUGGUUCCCUUUUGGUGUCCAAAGUGUUCUGGUUAAACAAGCGACCUAAAUGGUAGCAGGCCGUGUUAAUUGUUGUGAAUUUACUGCAGUUAAGAUAAUUGCAUAUAUAAAGGAAUUCUUCAGUUGAAUUUAUUGUAAUAUUAACAUUCUUUUAGUUGGCUUUCAUAAUGAAAUAUUCUUUCGCUGGAA